UGCUCUUCCUCUGGCCGCCGGGUUCCUGGGCGCUUCAGUGUGCCAGAGCGAGGGUGGGACUCGUCGCAGCAGCCACAGCCGCGGCCCCCUGACAGAGACCCAGCUCUCUCGUUCCGUGCCCCGGCCUGCGGCUCUCAGCCCGAGCUCCGCUCCCUCUCGUUCCCUCAAUACAUUCGAUGGCGAUCAUGGCCGCCGAGGAGGUGGCGCCCGGCGAGGUGGAGGGCGAGGCGGGCGGCCUCCUGCAGGAGAUCUUCACGUCCCCUCUCAACCUGCUGCUGCUCGGCCUCUGCUUCUUCCUGCUCUACAAGAUCGUGCGUGGUGAGCAGCCCCCGACCGCUGGCUCCGGCGACGGCGACGAGCCGCCCGCGCUACCCCGCCUCAAGCGGCGAGAUUUCACCCUGGCUCAGCUGCGCCGCUUCGACGGCAUCCAGGACCCGCGCAUCCUGAUGGCCAUCAACGGCAAGGUCUUCGACGUGACCAAGGGCAGGAAGUUCUACGGUCCGGAGGGUCCAUAUGGAGUGUUUGCCGGCCGGGAUGCUUCCCGGGGCCUUGCCACUUUCUGCUUGGAUAAGGAAGCUUUGAAAGACGAGUAUGAUGAUCUGUCAGACCUCAAUGCUACUCAGCAGGAGACCUUGAAAGACUGGGAAUCGCAGUUCACAUUUAAGUAUCACUACGUGGGCAAGCUGCUGAAGGAAGGGGAGGAACCCACCGUCUACUCGGAUGACGAAGAAGGUCCCCAGGAUGCCAGGGAGCGAAAGAACGACUAGAGGCUAGGUGGAUGAGAUCUAUUUUUGUAUGUCCCAGCAUCAUUUGUAAUAUCCUCUCGUCUCACCCUAGUCAGCUUUAAGUCCAGCCUUAGCAAAGCUUUGGAUGUGUUGUUAAUUGUUUUUUAAUCAUAUGAAACUCACUAGUUACCUUGAUCACUUUAGCUCUCCCCGUCUUAGACAAUGCAUGAUAAACUUUAGAGAACCCCAAAGUAGAGCACUUACAGAAAGUGAGAAAAAUGGUAAUCCUGUUAUAUUGUUAUUGUUGUUGUUGUUGUUGUAAUUGUUGAAACUCAUAGCAUAAUGUAGACCGAAGAGCUUUUUAGUGCCAGGUGAGAAUGUGCUCUUGAGGAGAGGUUGAUACCAAAGCAACCAGAAGGACCCCGUGCAAAACAACUCUCACGUACCCACCCGUAAGAGCCCCUUUCAGGCGUGAUCUUGAGGACAGCAAACAUCCCAUUUUCCAAUUAGACAGACUGCACGAUUUCGGUUUUCUCUACCUCCAAAACCAAUCUGCAGUGUUACAAAAGCUUUAAUAUUGCUCCGAGGUGGCCACCUAGGACCAGAAUGAAGCUUCAAAGCUUGGCUCUCCUUUCACUGUCGUCCAGACUGAAAGGGAAUCCAUGUGAAAUGUUGUUAAUUAACUCUUAGUGGGGAGCAGGGAUUACUCCUUAAGCUUCCUGUUUCUCUCCCUUUAUUGGACCAUUUUAAAGAAUUCUUAAGAACUGAUCUUAACAUUCCCGUGCCCAGCAGAAGAGAAUGGGACAAGUCCUUUCUUCAGCGACAAGUUCAUUUAGAAAUAGCUUGUUAAUGGCUUUCUAGACUCUCCCGGGCAAGCAGCUAACAAAGUUCCCACUCAUGAAUACUCAACAAAACGACAGUAAUGGUUUCCUGAGCCCCGUUGCCACGGCCCAUGUUCUCGGUCCACUUCUUUCUCAGCCUGGGAAAAAAAAAAAGUACUCCAAGUAAAAGAGGCCAACCUUGAAGGUAGAUUUCCUGCCUCUUCUUUUAAACAGAAUAAGAAAAAAAGUGGCUUUUUCUGUAGUUUAAGAAAAAAAUUAAUUUUGGGGUAUCGUCCCUCAUUGUCAGUCACACCAUUUAGGAUUGGUCACUCAUUAUCCACUUAGAAAUGGUCACUCAGAAAACUCAUUUUCAGAUUUUGACUAUUCAUUGUGUCUCAAAAGCACUCAUUUCACCAGAAAGAAAAAUCAUCAAGUCCACAAAGGUUAAUAAGAUCGAGGAGGAAAAUUUAGGCAAGCUUUGGAGGGGAGGGAGAGGGAGCUUUUCAAUAUCAUCUAGAUUGUUAGGCUUUCAUGAAGCAGUGAAGGAAAGUUUUUUUGGAGCUCCAAGGGAUGUUGAACUGAAGGCAAUUGGAGGGAUGGUACGUAGACCCUGAGCACCUAAGUAACCCAUGAGUUUUUUGGGGAAAAAAAAAGUUUUUUGUUUUGUUUUUUUCUCCCCACCCAAUAAGGCCUCCAAGUACUUGUGCCUGUGUGAUCCUAGAUCAGUCAUUUAAUCUCUUGAUGCUGCAGGCAACCCUGGAACUAUCAAUUGCAGAGAAGGUAUAGACCUAUAUUGAUAAAAGAAGGGGUUUCCUUAUCCGGGAAGUUCCCUAUACCAAAGAAAUCAUAGACCCCAUUUUGGAUGUUCCUUUUCUAAACUCGAUGCCACAAUUCCCCAAAGUAGGAAGCUAGCCCAAGCUUUCCGCCCAGUACUCCUGGAGCCCCCCUUUCCCCCCCUCGCUGCAGAGCGCUAGAUGUUUUGAGUUUGUGUAGAGGAAUGGCGUCACAACAUCUGCCUCUGAUGGUGAAUUCUCCUAAAGUGCUGUCAUCUUUUAGGUAGUGGCGCACCUCUAUCUUAACCAUGCUAGUGUCUCCAGUGGGUGUCCAGUGGAGACCUCUGUCCGUGGAUUAACCUUUUCCUCUUCAGUUUACUGCCCAUAUUCACAAAGACCUAGCCCUCUCAGGUGUCAGACAUGAAGGAAUUGGAUUGUCAUCUUAGAAACCAUUGUGUCGUGCCAAACGUUACCACUUUCUUAGAGUAGCUGCAGUGAAUGAAUUUGAUGUUCUGGGGAAAACUAUCAUUUCUCUCACAGUGCCUUUUGGUCAAGGGUACCCUUAGACUGGAUAUAAGGAGGUUGGUUCAUGCUUUUAGGAGUCCCAGAAAAAAAUCAAUUCUCUUACCCAAGGUCUCCCCCAUGAGAGAGGCAGAACUGGGACUCCAGCCCUACCAGUCUUUCAAGCCCCAGUCAUCUGUUCUUCGCUCUGCAGGAAGUAGAGAUAUACCUUUCUGUUCAUCACCCAUGAGUAAGAGCACACACUACUAACCGGGACUUUAAAAUACACUCUUUGGACGAUACUUGUAGUUCUUUGAUCACAGAAAAAAUACAGCCACUGACAAAAAAAUGAGAAAAAAAAAAAACCCAGGUGUGGGGAAGAAAAAAAAAAAGUUCUGGGGACAAAAGGCCUGUGGAAAAACAUGUCAUCAUACAGAGGCAGCCAGCCUGCCGGAGGGGGGAGAGAAUUUGCUCUAGUGGGGUUCUCGACACCGAUCAGAUCCCAGGUCUGGACCAAAAGCAAAGCACACACCUGAAGCGUGGGGAAGGGGCACUUGUCAAAGCAUUGCAUGAGCAGCUUCAAAUGACCGAAGCAAGCUGGUUUUCUUAAAGCCAUUUACUUUUGUCAACUGUGUAAUGGUUUUACCUCAAAUCAGAAUGAAGUGCUAUUGUCAUUAAAUAAAAUGGCUCGAUGUGGUACUACAGCUCUUCAAA